UGGUUGGUUCCACAGUUUAGCUCUUGUGAAUUGAGCUGCUAUAUACAUUGAUGUGGCUGUGUCCCUGUAGUGUGCUGAUUUUCAGUCCUUUGGGUAUAGAGUAAGGACUGGGAUAGCUGUAUCACAUAGUGGUUCCAGUCCAAGUUUUCUAAGGAAUCUCCAAACUGCAGAAAGCUAGGAAUUUUUUAAUAUAACUCCCUUGGCCCUUGUUCCAAAGCUUGGAAUCCCUGACAGUCACAACACGGGUACAUUUUCUCCUGGCUUCUACGUUGUUAGAUAUGGUCUCUCUGGGCCUCCUGUGCAGAUGGCGUUGUAGCUGGAACCCUGCGCUGUGUUCUGCUGUGGGGGCAUCUGUAGGUGGCCUGUGGUGUGGGGCAGCUGCCUGAGCUCAAUUUGCAACUAGAAAUGAUGAGCAGACCCUCCGGCUGCGAUCACACGAUGCCUUCUCCAUACAGAGUUUUGUAGGUUGGUGAUUUCAGCACCCAAUUGAGAUUUGGGUUUUCAGAAACCAGAAUGGGUAGAACUGCAAAACUGGACAUUGUACAUAAGUCAUCGGAUUACAUGACAAUGCACAUAAAAUUGGUGUCACGCUGCUGACCCUGGUCGGCGACUGAGAUGGCUUCUCUUUUCCCUGGGGUUACAGAUCCGUCGGCACCACCAGCCCCCGCUAACCUCCAACUGGCCAACUCCACCGUCAACAGUGACGGGACCGUCACGGUGACCAUUGCCUGGGACCUCCCCGAGGAGCCAGAUAUCCCCGUGCACCACUACAAGGUGUUUUGGAGCUGGACGGUCAGCAACAAGUCCCUUGUCCCUACAAAGAAGAAGCGGAGAAAAACCACAGACGGGCUCCAGAAUUUCGUGAUCCUGGAGAGGCUUCAGCCAGAUUACGACUACACCGUGGAACUGCAGGCCAUCACAUACUGGGGGCAGACCCGCCUCAAGAGCGCCAAGGUGUCCCUUCACUUCACGUCCCCACACCCCACCAAUUACAGUAAGUGACCUCCACAUGCGUCUUGAGCUCUAUCGUGACACACACCUGUGUAUCUUAUGGAAGAACGAGGUGCAAAACAAUUUCACCUCUGGAGACAUCUUUGUGGUGUUUAUUGUUGGUGCAAUUGUCUUGGUGUCGUGAAGGAAACUGAACAAGAAAACAGGGCAGGAUGCACCUCGGUGGUAGAGCACUUGUGUAGCACGGGUGAGUCCCUGGGUUCCGUCCCAAGGACCGCCACCAAAAGAAAGAAAGCCGUACCUUGUGAGCCAUCUAUUUAUGCACUUCCGUUAUUUGCAGGCUUUGUGCACAAGCACACUUCUCUCUAAAGGGAACACAAACUGUCACAUUGUUGUAGUUUUUGUUUUUCUCUUGAAAGUGGCAUGCCUGUUUUUCCUUGGUGUCACACUGUGGUUGUGUUCCUUUUUGGACAGCUACCUAAUGCUCCGUUGAGUGAAGUUACUUAAGAAUUCCCACAUUGGUUUUCCUUGUUUCCAUUCUUUUUUUCCCCUUAAGUAGUAUGUUUGUCACCAACUGAGCAAAACAAGAGGGUCUCACAGGACAUGCACAUCUUAGUUGUAAAAUAAGUUCCUUGAUGUUUGUGGCUUGUUCAGUGUGCGGGGCUGGUAGGGACUGCCGUGUAGGAGCACCUGGAAGGGGCUCAGGGAACCAGGGCAGGAAUGAGAGAGACGGCCAGGGGCAUCCCUUGUCCUGGGGACCCUAGGGCCAUUGGUUCAUUAGUCUAGCAGAACCCUGCCUCCCUCAUGGGAGUUGGUCUUGAUGAGAAGGCAAAGAAUGCACUCAACUUCGCAGAGGCAACGCUAGCUCUGCAGAGUUAGAUGCAGCAAUUGCUCAUAAUUAUCUUCCACCACCUGGGAAAAAGGCAGGCUCCACAUGAGCAGGUUGGUCGGAUAUGACACUUUCUACAAGUACCAGAAUCACAGCUUCCUGGCUUUUGGAGAAAUCCGCUCUCUGGAGAUUAAAUAGAUUCAAAGGGGUCAAUUUUUAUGUAUAAGUCCAGGUACUAUAUAACGGUUCCCUAAAACAUCUCAUGGAACUAUUUCUAUGUGUUAAGAAGCUUCAUUUUUUUUUUUUUUUUUUUUUUGGCACUAGGGAUGAAACCCAGGGGCACUUAAUCACUGAGCCACAUCUCCAGCCCUUUUUUUAUGUUUUAUCUAGAGACAGGGUCUCCUGAGUUGCUUAUGACCUCACUGUGUUGCUGAGGCUGGCUUUGAACUUGUGAUCUUCCCAUCUCAGCCUCCAGAGCCGCUGGGAUUACAGGCCUGCGCCAUCAAACCCAACUGCUUCAUUCACUUUUCAUUCAUUGCAUUGUCUAUGAUGCUAGAAAUACUAUGCUAAAAUACUACACAUACAUACAUAAUGUGCAAUACCCUUUAAUUGCAUGAUAUUGUAUAUAUAUGAUGUACAUCCUCUGUAUAGUGUAUAUGUCCUGUAAAAUUUUCUAUAAACAUAGUGUACAUGGGUGUAUAUAUUCACAGACAUAUGCACUCACCUAUACAAAUACAGUCAUUUCUCAGUGUCUCUGGGAGAUUGGUUCCCAGAGUACUGUCCCAUGGAUACCCAAAUCCAAGGGAAGUCAAAUCCUUUACAUAAAAUAGCAUAGUCUUUGCAACUAACCCAUGCACAUACCCCAUGCACCUUAAACCAUCAUGACUUACGAUACAACGUCAAUACUAUGGCGUGCAUGGUCGGUCUAGUGUAUCGUUUAGGAACUAUUAACGAGAAAAAGGGGGCUGGGGGUGGGGCUCAGUGGCAGAGCGCUUGCCUCCCACGGGUGAGGCACCACAUAAAAAUAAAUAAAUAAAUAAAGAUUAAAAAAAUAUAACAAGGAAAAGUCCUUAUGUGCUCCAUACAACAGCAAUGUUUUCCCCAAGUAUUUUUGAGGGAAUACUGUUGAAUCCACAGAUGUACAGCCUACAGAUAUGGAGGGCUGAGUGUAUACACACACACACACACACACACACACAUAUGUGCGCACACACACGUAGACAUUUUUUCCCAACCCUGGAUGUAUUCUGGUCUCCGCCUUAGAAGUGCCUGAUCUUGAAUUUGGGAGAUAAAUGUAAAAUAAAGACCCUGUGCAUUGCCUGCAGAGCCCAGAGCUAACAUGGAGGAGGGGAAAGAGCACCACAUUCUUCCCCGUGAGCCCCCGUCCUCUGUGCGCUCCUGACACACAGACACCUUUCCAUACAGAAGCAGGGCACAGAUAAGGAAGGCCUGGCCAGAGCACGCAGGGCAGAGGACCCAGCCUGGGAGGGAGAAGGAGGCGGGAGGCCAUUCUCUCCCGUGCCUGGACCACCUGCUAGUGCCUCCCUCUGCCUCCCUCUGACCGGUGCCACUUUGAGCUGCCUCGCAGCACCUCCACCUGCAGGGCAGCAGGCCCCCCAGACCCAGUGCCUCCAACCAUGAACUCGCGAGCCCCUUCCCCCCUCACCAGGGCCAGAAAGUCCUUUGUCUCCGAUUUUAAAUCACAUGUGACCUCUGUCCAGCUGUUCCUCGAGCUCAAACCGUGUCAUCUCUUUCUCAUGAAAUUCAAAUCGUCAUCCUGUAGAGUUCCACUUUCUUUUCUUGUUGUUUCCCCCAAAACCCUAUCCUGAGCCGCGAUCCGCCUUAUUUCUCUCCAACACCAAAAUCUUAUCAAAUUGCAUCCAACGUCUGCAUCACUUCUUUUCCUACGGACGGUGGGGAUUCCACCCGUGCUGUGAAACGGGCAUGUCCCUCUGCACCCCGGCUCUUCCCAGUCAACAACAUUCUUUCCCUGUUAGCAACUGGAGUGGGUUUGCCAACUCCCGUAAUUUAAUACGUGUGUCUCCCCAGAACAGGAGCAAGCAGGGGAAAGCUGCCACCUCAACUGCUCAUUGUUGAGGUUACAUCACCCGGGGUCUGUCUGGCUGUGGUCCCCCUCACGUGAAAACGUCUGUGGAGCGCUCCUUGGCCACAGCACGUGCCUGGCCUUCUCAGUCCUCCUGGGCCCUCCUCACCCAGCUCUGCAAACUCAGUGACUUCUUUUUUUGAUACCAAGGACUGAACUCAGGGGCACUCGACCCCUGAGCCCCAUCCCCAGCCCUAUGUUGCAUUUUAUUUAGAGACAGGGUCUCACUGAGUUGCUUAGCGCUUUGCUAUUGCUGAGGCUGGCUUUGAACCCAUGAUCCUCCUGCCUCAGCCUCCUCAGGGAGAUCUUUGAGGAUCUCCUUCUUCUGAGUAAGGUCCCAAUCCUUUCUCUGUCCCCUUAGGCCACAUUCCACAGUCUAUUUUAAGCCCCUCCCUCUCAGUAAGAUAAAUCCCCUCUUGUGUAAGCACAUCUCUCCCUUACCCCAGGGUUCUCCUCUGUAAUCCAAGUGGACCGUUCAUCCGUCUGCCUAAGGCAGACUCUACUCGGUGGUGUCUAGACCCACGCCUGCCUUCCCAACUCACACACCUGUGUCCGCUGUUGUGAGCAUCUGUCCUGGUGAGACACCACUGGUUAUCUGUCUGUGUGUAAUCCCACGUGGGUCAUGUGUCUGUGGGUUAUCCAUCCUGACUCCUGUGUAUAAUCACUGCACCAUGCAUACGAGUGAGACGGGAUGAACAAGGUAUUCCUUUCCUAAAACUUCAGGGUACCUUGGAUGGAUCUUCUCAGCCUUCAUUUUAAAAGCAUGCUCUUCCUUAGUCUGGUUUUUUCCAUCCAACCUCUUUCCUAGGACAUUCCAGAGCUUUCUAUAGGUGUCAUUCGGUUGAUCCAUCUGAUACAGGAGUAAAAACAAGGACGAGGGAGACAGAAAUGGUAUUUUUUUGUUAUUUUCCAGCAACCAACGUCCUCUGUCUUUUCCAGGAUGUUUGCAUAUUUGAGUCAUGUGGCUAACCAUACCAGACGAAUUCUCUUUCUGGGUGAGAGUUUCUACCCUGUGGAUAGACACUAGAAUUAGAUCUGCUAAGUGAGUAAGUUGCCAUACGUAAUAUUAAGAUCCUGACCACCAAGAUAUUUCAUUGAUUCCUCAGGGUUAGGAUCUCAUAUAAUCAUCUUUAAAAAUUAGACAGUGUCUUUCCUGACCCAAGAGAGUAUGACGGCCAACCUCACAAUAGCGGCUUUAUCCUAAAGACUAAUUCCCUAGAAAUAGCUGCAUUCAGCUGACGGAUAAUCUUGCACCUCUUGUAGAUUCAGAAAAGUAAUGAAAGCAAAAACACAGAGCCAACUCCCUACAGCAACCUACAUUGCUCGGGUCUCUGGUUAUUUUACAGAAGAGACUGGCUUUGUAACAGAUUAUGUGGGAUAGAGCUGAAUGUUUGUCAAGCUUUUAUAUCUGAAGCUUGAUAUAUAAUCUCAUAGACACUACUGUAUGACUUUUACAAGAACACUCCAUAUUUCAUCAUGAUCCACCUGGAAGUAAAGAAUAAUUAGGACUUUACACUCUAAGCAAGAGAAAUUAUAUUUUAUAGGAAGUGGGGGAGUAGUAACUGUCAGCAUAUAAACUAAUUUUGAGUUAUAUUCUUCCAGGUCUGCAGGCUACCAGGGGUUUUAAGGAUAAAUAUUUUCAUGCAGGCAGAAGCUGAAUGUGCAUGCAGUUUUAUAAAAGUUUCCCUUGAAGGCUGUAGGAGGUAACUCUGUCUUUAAUGGAAAUGUAGUGUGCCUUCUUGGAGGCAGGAGGAAUAACUCCAAGGUUGACAGACUCUCAAUAUUUUAUUGUUACCUCCUAUAAUGGGAAUAUUCUUCUGACUUUCCAAAAUAUGGAAAAAAAAAUGGAGAGAAUACUCUGAAUAUCUUAAUCUGUAAAGUUAGUUUCAAUUUGGAUGUUUGAAAAAAUAGCAUGAAUCUUUGAUUUUCUUAGUACUUAGGGCUACUAUAGAAUAGAAAGCAGAUUUCAUGCCAAAGUGGAAGAGAUGGUCCUACAAACUCAGACACACACCCUAGCAUUUCAGCUUGCACAGUGUGUGACUGUCCCGUAGCCCUGGCACACUUGAGCGACCCUACUUGUGAAUGGAUUUCUGCCCUCCAUUUCUUCCAGUAAAACUACAGUGGUUCAAUCCCAAGGUAUGCAAAAAUAAGUUCUUGCUUCUCUAGAGAAAGAUUAAAGUGUGCACAGGAUUUAAAAGCAAAUAGCAAGAAGAAAUUCACAUCGACAUAAGACAUGGCAUCUUGACGGCCAACUUUAUUAUCUGCUGGAGAAGAUCAAAGAUGUUCAAAGACUUUAGAAAUGGAAAAGGCCCCGUGAGCAUCUUGACUGCUGAAUGUGUGUUUAGUAAAGACGUGGGGUAGAACUGGGAUUAUGUCACUCCAUGCUGGUGGCCACAACCAUUAGACCUGGGGCCCUGUGCAUCACCUUUAAUAGUCCUUGAGAUAGGCCACUUAGUGGAGAGGUCACCCCAAGGAAACAAUGCCAAGUCUCUUCGGCAGCCUGACUCUCCCUAAUGCCCCCUGCCUUCCCCUGGUUAGGGAGAGUUUUCCCCACUCAGCCUCGCCUUCCCUCUUCCUCCCACCUUCCAAAGAAUGGGGGCAUCCUAGCUUUGUUAGGAAACCUUGAUACCACAUUGCCCAUCUGUCUAGAAUCAAUGUAUCUUAAUGCACCUCUCCAAGGGCUAUUGGAACUUCAAGAGGCAGAGAAGACUUCCAUCAAAGAGCACAAUGUCUGCGGGUGCAAACUGUCAAUUCAGUACAUGAAAGGGAAAAGUGUUGUUUUUUUUUUUUUUUCAUCAUUACUAAGUUGUGUGAGUUGUCUAUGAACACUCACAACCCAGUGCAAGAGAUCCACUUCUUGAAGAAUGCACAGCUAUUGGGCACAGCAAGAAAAUAAAAAAAAUGGAGAAGAGGUAUUACCUACAGUGAUUAAGGACAGCACUGGGGCUGCCUGCAAAGCAAAGCUCUCCCCAAAGAAAGGAACAUGAGAAUUUUAUUCUGGGAGUCUAUCCAUAUUCACGUUGGGGCUGGGCCCCUCCCUGGGCAUUUCUGGGUGAGGAUGUACAUUUCUGACACGGUCAGUUCAGGAUCAUGGUUGGAGAAAAGAAGUUGGUGGACACGUGUCUGUGCAUGCUCAGCUCAAAGUCACUGUGAAAGGUUCAGGCAGAGAACACAGACAUUUAAAGGUGGCAGACUUGAGCACUCUGGGCAUGCUCAGGUGAGGGUCACAGAGACGGCAGGUGUGAACCUUUCUAGAUAGGCUCAGUUCAAUAUGAAAUGAUCCAAGUAUUAUCUUGGAACCUAAAAGAAAACAAUAAAUAGUGUUCCUGGGAUCUUAAAUAUCACAGCUGGUUCUUUGUGAGUUUCUCCAAACAGUUUUAGCUAGAAGAAAACCAACACCAUAUUGAAGAUGUGUUAGGAAUUGGCCUGUAAACGUGCCUAUCCCACUUAGUAGCUAACAGACUUGGUACCUGGUGAGGAGGACAUAUUUUACUCUCAGACAGCUCCGGGAUUCAAUCUCCAUUACCGUUUCCUUGGAAGUUUGUCAAACUGGAUGUGAUUUUUAAUAUUUGUUCAAGUGCUCCUUUUCUUCAUCGUUAAUGAAUGCUAAUAGCUCUUUAUCAGAGAUGUGCAAACCAGGGCCCAGGGGCCACACCCACCCUAAACCUGUUUGGUACCUAAGAAAGAUUUUACUGGAAUGCAAUCACACUUGCUUUCAUAUCCCAUCUGACUCUUUUAGAAACCUCUUUUCACAUCACAGAGCUGGAGACCCUUUCUUAAACAAAGAAUUGGCAAAAAAAAAAAAAAAAAUGACCUCACAUGGAGUGAAGACAGGUAUCUCAUUCAUUCCCUUCCACCCACUGGCUGACCCCACCCUAAGUGCCAGACACUUGGCCCUGUGUGACCUCAAAACUUUGGACACUUCCUCAGUGAGUCUAGUACUGUCUUCACCACUCAGUCCUCAUUUUAAACCUGGGUGAAUGGGUGCCGCACUCUAAUUUGUUGCCUCCUUAGUUUCUGUAUUUUGUCCCCAGAUAUUUCCAUUUUAGCAUUUGGGACUUCCCGGUUGCUUUCUCAUAGGUGUGCUUUGAAAAGGAAAUUUUCUUCAAAAAAGAUGGAUACACACUACCUUUAAUAGACUUAUAAGCAGUACAAUCAAUUCCCCAACAACCCAUUGACGAUUUGUUUUUGAAAUUAAAAGUUUCCUGCCAUUAGUGGGAAACGCGCCUCACUCUACUCCAAGAUGACCAAUAGAAAUGAAGGAAAGGACAUAGCACUGGUGUUGGGAGAGGAAACCAUCAUAUAUGAACAUGUAGAGCUGACCCUUGUGGGAAAGUUCAUAUAAAAUCAUCACUGCCAGUGUAAUUAUAUCAUCCAGGAUGAUCUUAGCCAUUUCCUUAAACACUAAAUUGAAAAAAGUGACAUUAACAUCCAUCCAUCCCAGGAGACGAAACAUAACCGUCUUUCCUGAUAAAAUUAGUUGUUUGUUUUCCCCUAAGAGCGCAUCCCUGUGUAUUAUGGUCAGUUUGGGGGAGAGGUUUCUAGGGGUUGAGUCCAGGGGCACUUAACUACUCAGCCACAUACCCAACCCUUUUCCGCCUAAAUCUACAGACAUGGUCUUGCUAAACUGCUUGGGGCCUCACUAGUUGCUGAGGCUGGCCUCAAACUUGCUAUCCUCCUGCCUCAGACUUUCUGAGCUGGUGACCCUGCAGGCGGGCUCCCCCACGCCCAGCUAUGUUCAUGUGGACAGUGUGGCCAAUGCCCCUCUCCAAUGGCUGAAAUGGUUAAGUGGAAUUGUCAAGUGGAUUGGUUUAAGAGCGAUUAGGAUUAAGAAGAUUCUGGGUGUGUCCAGGAGGGUGUGUCUAGGAAUGAUUGGCUUCUGGCCGAGCCAAUUGGAGAGGAGACCCCUCCCAAAGCGGGGGGGGGGGGCAGCUCAGAUCAAUAGGAUGACUGUUUGGAUAGCACAGGGAGGCCCAGCAGAGACAAGCUCCCUUCUUCUCCAACGGGCUCUUGAUUGGUCCUGCGACCAACUCAGGUUGUCGACUCUGACUUCUUCCCUCCUCCCAAGUGGACUCUGCCAGUGAUUCUGCAGGGAGUUUCCAGAGGCCUUGGGGCUUGGACCAGGGAAGACGGUGCAUCCCCCUUGUCCGGGGCCCAGCCUCCUGGAUCGUGUGGCUCCUGGUUCUCCCAGCUCUCCAGCCUGCAGCUUCUGGUCGCAGGAGCCGACCUAAUAAGUCCCCUUUUUAUAUUUCCUGUGAAUUCUAAAAAAGUAGAGGCAGGAGCGAGGCCCUGCUAGGGUACAGGACCCGCGGUGGAAGGACAGAGGACGAGGCUUCCCUGGCCCUCCACAGGCCCGAGGCCCCGCCCGUGCCACUCACUGUGACGUUGAGGCCUGUGGGGCCCUAGCAACUGGGGCCCCCUGGAUACCGACGCCCCUCGGACAGUGCCCCUUUGGUCUCUGAUCUCGCUCGACGCCGCCCAUCCUGAAGCAGCCCCCCACGCACCGCUCUCAUGGGCGGCUACCUGACCAGGUGCCUAAAGAGUCACCCGCGCCGUCCCUGGACCGCGCCGCGGCCCGGCUGCGCGCGGGAGCCCGGUUCUGCCAGCCGCAGGGCCGUGUGCCGUCGCCUGGACCCCGGGCUCUUCCAUCCUGCGCUCGUCUUCCCGGGCUUCUUUGUCCUCUCCCGAGCCCUGCCCCGCAUCGGGCCCGCGGACCUCCCGGCUGCGCAGCCCACUGAGCCCAAGCAGUCCCUCUGGGAGAUCUUGAAGCAGGGGCGCAGCGCUCCUCGCCCCGGCCACACCAAGCCUCCAGGAUCCAGGAGGCGCCCUGGGGCCCACAGCCGGGUCACAGUCGUCAUCAAAGCCCCCCGGCGCCCAGGGACCCGCUACAAGGGCCCCCCCGUGGAGCCCACGCCAGACCCGUGCGCCAAGGCCACCGUGCUCCAGGCCCUCAGCAAGUGCACCAAGGGCAAGAGGAAGUGUGAUGGGCCCCUCUGGUUUGAGAUGCUGGAGCCCGAGGUCCCCGAGCCCAAGGUCCCUAAGCUUGAGGUUCCAGAGCCCCCGAAGAGUCCGGAGCCCCCGAAGACCCUGGAGCCCCGGCCCUCGGCUUUGGUGCCUGUGAUCAGCAAGGGAGCGACGCCGCCCUUCGCGCCCCAGCUGGGUCCUGCGACAGGAAUCAACGGCCCAGUGCCCAGGAGACCCCCGCAGAGCCUGCCCCCGAGACGUCCCUCGCCUGUUGGUGCCGGCUGUGUCCCCUGGUGCAGGCACUGCACCGGCCAAGGGCACCGUCUUGUAGCUGCAGACCCGGGUGCAGGUGCCCCCCAGUCCACGGGCCUCGGGCCUGGCCGCCCUGCUCAGCAGCCUCAGCAGAGGACCCCCCCUGAGCCCCAAAGGCCGCUCAGCCCCAUGGUGCCCCUGACGGCCCCGAGAGGGCCCAACGGCCCCAUUUUCUUCAGAUACAGACCUACAGUCAUCAUCGUCUCCUACUGAGUCCGCUCUACCCCACGGGGAGGCUUGGCCACCAGCGGACUGGCCACUGCUUGGACUCACAGGUCUGCCACCCUCAGCCCUCCUCUGUGUCACCUGAGGAGCCCCCACUCUAGGAGACUGUUGACCCCUCACCCCUGGCCGCCCACUCCCGCUUCUCCCUGGGAAGAGACUGACCCGGGAGGCGCCCUCCGCCCAUUUCUUAGUUAAGCGCUGCUUCUUGUGUCCUAGAGUAGUGAUAGGAAUAGAGAAGGUUGUUUUCCUAGACAUUGUCCUGUUCUUUCUUUCCAAGACUCUCCCCUGUAGUUUGUCCAACUGGACACUGUAGAGGGUGGGGCCUGACCUUCCGGUGGUCGGUGCUGUCCUGUGCAUGGGGGG